AUUUUACGCUUAGGUGUGCCUUGCUGAGCUGCACUACCACCAACGCCCCCGAGAUCAGGUCAGCAACACAACGUCUUGCUGGUUCUGUUCCCGAAAACGUGUGAUGGAGGGCCAGGAGCAGAAUGCCAAUGCCCCAAAACGCUCCCAACCGACUGUGCCCAUCCCACGAGACUUCCUUUUUGUCGAUGCGUCUGAAGCAAAGACAUCCCGCCAAGGACGACGCAAUGCUCGCUCAUUCGUCAUGCAGAAGGCGAGGAGGGAGCGUCCGUGGUCUACGAGCAAGCAGGCCGCGAAGCAACGAGCCCAAGAAAGUGCAAGUCCGGGGAGUGCCGGUACACCCACAUCAAUAUCAACCCCAAACACAGCAUCAUCGAGCCCUACUAUCGAGCCCAGUCGCAACGGCUAUUUCCCGGCCUUCGAACAAACAAAUGUUGGCGCGUUCGAGCGAGGCAUUUGUUCGAAUUGCAAGAUCUUUGUCGUCCGACAUGGUCAGACACUAUGCCCGAAGUGCAUCUUACUUAGAAGUACUGGGUCUGUGAGAGAGCCUAACAACGGUGUUCUCGAUCCAUUUGGGGCGUCGGCCGUCAAAAUAACCAAGGAGAUAUCAGAACUUCUUGAUCACUUUGUCCAUGAAAUGGCUCCUGGUAUAAUUGGAGUUGACAUUCGAAGCAGGUCCACCCUGAUGAAGUCGGAAUGGUUUGAUACAGCACUGAGUAACAAAGGCUUCAUGCACAGCUUGCUUAGCACGGCUGCCCUGCACAUGUUCGUCUUUGGUAAGGGCACCGUCAAAACGAUCCUUGGCCAUCGCGCAAAAGCUAUCUCAGCGGUGAACAAGGCUCUGUCGACACAAGAUCGUGCUGUUCGUUUCUCGGAUGCGAAUCUCGGCGCUGUUUUCAACCUGUUGACUGUGGAAGAAGGUCUGAUGAUGCCCCAUUUUAGAGACGAGAUACCAUUCGACGAGCAGCCAAAUGCUAUGAUGCAUCUAAAUGGUUUGCAAGAGAUGUUGCAUUUGCGGGGCGGCCUGAAGGCUGUCGGCACGAAUCGCAUUCUGCAAGCUUUUAUCCUUUGGCAUACUACAGCUCACGCCAUCGCAGCUUUCGCCGCACCCAACCCCACAACGUUAGCGUAUAUUCGCACAGCAAACUUUCCUCAUCAUCCACGAGGCUAUAGUCCAAACCACUCACAACACCUCGUUAGCCUUUGCCGACAUGCAGGACUUACGGAAUCCCUUACUGAGCUGCUGGAACUCGUACUGAUACUCACCGCUGACCUAAAUGCCUGGUAUGAUGAUCCAGAGAGUCCACUUGACGCACUGGACAUACAAAACUUCUCUUGUUCACUCGAGUGCUUGCUGCUCGCAUGGAUCAGCGAAAAAGAGCCUCUCAUUACACCUCUUGAAGGUGCCCUUUGCGUUGCAUUGAUCAUCUACACCGUACGAACGACUGAAGCGCUGAAGCGACCGUCAGACGUUCACCUUCUACACUUCGUUGCCAGCAAGCGGCUCGAAAGCGCACUUAACUGCACGACGCGCGCUGAAUGGCAACCAUGUCCAGAUCUGCUUCUUUGGAUCCUCUCCAUCGGUGCCAUCUCGGCUGAGGGCUCAGCAGAGAGCGCCUGGUUUAUACACCAAUCGUCUCUUGCAUGCGCAGAGUUCAACAUCGCCUCUGCAAAUGCGUUACUCGAACGUUUGAGCUUCUGUGGCUGGGUCAGGUACAAGCUCGACGAGUUUGUACGGCACUUAUGGAACAGAAUUGUCCACCUCAGACUCGAACCAUACUUGAACGUACCAUCACCAAACAUCGAGAAUGCCGACAGCCCGCCCGGACCGUUACAAAACAAUCUCAAGGAAACCGAACUUAUAGACUGGCGCACCAUCGACUGGGCAGCCGUCAUUGCAGCUACGCCUGUACAAGAGGCGGACACGAGUAAUGAAGGAGUAAGUUGGACGACAGCAACAGCGAGUGGAUUUGGCGAUGCUUUUGGCGAUGCUUUGAGUGAUUCUGGGCGCGACUAUGGAGGAUUUGGAUUGUUAUGUUUGUACCCUGUUUUAUUGCUUUUGACUACUGCGUCUGCGAUUGCACUGCGCCCGCUCACAUUACGGACACUGCUGACCAUCACUACUGUAGGGCGGUAAUCACUUCUUCAUCGAUCACACCAUGAAGGUGACGAAUGAGUUGAUGGGCAAGUACAUGGCGCUCACUAGAAGAGUAACGGACCUCGAUACACCCGAAGCGCGAAAGCCGAAGCUGAGCGAGCG